CAGAAGAGCUGUCAUUUGAAGAAAAGAGAACCUCUGAAUGGGACCCACUUUCACUUGAAGAGACGGCUCCUCCUCAAGAACAAAUGUUUGAUUCCACAUGGCAAGCCACAGAUUCUAUGGCUACAGUUACGGCACCCUUAGCAUUUGAAGAAGACCUUUGGGUUAAUCAGGAGGACGUAACAAAUAGCAGCACCACACUUUCACCAGCAGAACAAGAACCGAGUGCAGAACUCUCAGGAAAUCUGAUGGCUGAAGUAAACUUAUGGGAAAAAGAGGCAUUGCUAACUGAUCUACCAACCAAACCAGCUCAACAGCACAUGGAGCCCACACCGGAAGUAACAGAAGAAUGUGGUGUGCCAUUCAUCAGCCUGCAUCAAGUUGAAUCAUCUUUGCACCCUGUAGACCGUUGUAACCCAGAUCUGAAUAAUGCUCGUUUAAUGGAUGAUUGCUUGCCAGUUUCAAACAUAGCGAAGACCACUGCUGCAGUUGAUACUCUACUGCAGACACCUACAAAAUAUUCACCAAGCAUUCCCCAACAAGAGGACUUGAGCUGUGAUGCAAGACUUCCUCCAUCCGCUGAACCAUUUUUGCCAGCCUGUGGGAAUUUUGACUCAUCGGUGGCUGCUAUGGAUCUUAUUAACAGCGCCACAGGGUUUGCUGUCUCACCUACAGAAACUCCAUUACUGGAGCAAACCCCUGGGAAAGUUAAGCUUGCAGAGGAAAUUGCACAGCAUGUAGAAUCUCCAGUAGGAAAAGUGUCUGUCGAGAAGAAAAAGAAAAAGAAAAAGCGUUCACAUCCAAAGGGAGCCCAACUUCCUCCAAUGGACAUGCAGGCUAAAACUAAAGAGGUUCAAGCAAUUGUUUCUGACCAGCGACUGGAACGGCUCCCUGGACGGACAGAGAGGCAUAAGGAAAACGUAUUGAACACUGAGGGGGCAUGUAAGGAGGCAUCAGGGGUACAAGUAAAAGCCCAGCAGGUGGAUAGUGUGCAAAGCCAAAGCAAUAUUUGGGCUUCUGUAAGCUCAGAGAGUGAACUAGUACAUCCACCACUGUACGACACAGAACCUUCAGAGAGCGAUGUAAGGGCUGUUGUUGAGAGCCAAAGAAGCGGGGAAGCUCUUGCAGGCAGCCAGUCACAAAUGGAGACAAUAUCAGAAGUCGAAUGGACACACAGAGAAGUUACCUCUCCUGGGUUCCUCCAGACAUCCAAGAUGGAAGAGAAAGUGGAACACCCUCUAGAACUUAGGGAUGACAAUAUCACUUCACCCAACUCUCAGAAAAAGACUGAAGUAAGCAAGGUAGCACCACAGACUCCUCUGGAAUUAGAGGGCAGAAAAUAUACUCCUUCUCAGUCCGAGGAAAUACCGGAAAUGAAGGAGAUGGAAGGGCCUAGUCUAGCACCUAUAAGUAAAGAAUCUACUUCCCCUGGGUCAAAGCACAUGUUUGAGGUGAAUGAAAUGACAGGACAUGAGGCUAGCCAAAUUACUGCCCCUAGGUCACAGUCACCCUUUGAGGCGAAAGAAAUGGCACAGACCCUGGUGAAAAAUGAAAGUGGCGAAAACAUUUCCCCUGAAUUACAGCAAAUGUUUGAGGUAAAAAAAAUGACAGAGACCCUUACAGAAAAUGCAGAGAGAGAAGCUUCUCUCCUUGAGUCACUGAAAGUGCAUGAGGGAAAGCAGAUAGAGUUUUUGUUAGAGCAUGUGACUGGACUGACUACACCCCAUCAAUCAGGGCAAAUGUGUAGGUUGAAUGAGAUGGCAGAGGGCUCUGUCAACCACGUGAAUAAAGAAGCAACUUCCCCCGAAUCGAAUAAAAUAUCUGAAGUGAAGGAGAUGACACAGAUCUGUCUGAAUCAUGAUAGUAGGGAAACAGGCUCCCUUGGGUUAAAACAAAGUCCUGAGGUGAAAGACUUGGCAGAAACCCCUUUUGCACAAGUGAGUACAGAAACUGCUCCCCCUGAUUUAGACAUUUCUGAAACGAAAGGGGUAGUUGAUAUUUCUCUAGAAAAUUGCAGUAGCAAAAUUGCCCCAGUUGAAGUACAGAAGUCUGAGGUAGAAAUAUUGGUUGAGAGUUCGCUGUGUUGGAACAGAGAAACUGCUCCCUCUGAGUUGCAGCAAAUGUCUGAGGUAAAUGAGAUGGCAGAGGAAGCUUUAGAAUGUUGGAACAGGGAAAUUUCCCCUCCUGAGUCACAGCAAAAAUCCGAGGUGAAGGAAAUAGUGGCAAGUCCUCCAGAAGGUCCAAGUAAGGAAACUAGUUCCCCACAGCUGGAGCAAACAUCUGAGAUGAAGGAGCUGAUGGAAAGUCCUCUAAAAUGUCCAAAUAAGGAAACUGGUUCCCCAGAGAUGCAGCAAACAUCUGAGAUGAAGGAGGUUAUGGAAAGUCCUCUGGAAUGUCCAAACAAAGAAACUGAUCUCCCAGAAGCUCAGCAAGCAUCUGAGGUAAAUGAGAUAGUGAAGAGUCCUGCGGAAUGUCAGGAGGGUUUUCCAAAGUGCACUGAUGAAGUCUCUUUGUCUUAUUCGAAACUCAAAGCACUCAAACUGCUGGAUGAUAAUGAAGAACCAGGUUCAAAGGCAGCUGUGAAAAAAGAAGCAGGACCUAAAGCCCCCCAAAAACGAGGAUUCCCCAAAGGUGCUUCACAGAGAGAAACUGGAGCAAAAGUAUCUUCUGAACAGCACAGGGCUAUAAAGACAUCAAUGCAACCAAAGGUAAUGAAGCCUCCCAAUCAGCGUCAAAGGGAUGUUAAACCACUUGAGCCAGAGAAGAUUGGCGAAAUAAAUGUACAGUCUGAUCAGGAAGGAUGUCUGGAUGAGAGUCCUCAACAAAAUGAAGCCAAACCUGAAGAACCAUCAGCAGAAGGCAUGGUUGGAACAGAAAGUGCCGUAACUUCCAAAGAGCGUCCGUUGAGCACAGAUACAAAGGGCAAGACGGGCACACCGGCUGCAAAGAUCUCACCAACCAAAAGUAAGCCACAGCCACCAGCCUCCCUUAAGCGACCUGCAGCAGCUGCUACAAGCCCCAAUAAAAAACUUGUUACAUCCACUUCAGCUACAACAGCAGCUUCUACUUCUAAGCGAGCUUCUUCUAGCCUGGUGCGGCCUUCCUCUGCGACCGCCAAAGAUGUGAAACCAAAGGCAAUUGAGGCUAAGAGCCCAGUGAAGCUCCCCUCAACUAGACCAUCGUCUGCAGGUGUGACAAAAACAGCUAGCAACACUACUGUUAAAAGCAGUGCAACGUCAUUGCAAAAAAUGUCAACUGCUCCUGGGUCCACUCAGAGAAACAACAUGCUCUCCAACCCUAAAAGGCCAACAUCUAUCAAGACUGAACCCAAAUCUGCAGAGAUGAAGAAGUCUCUGUCUGCAAAAUCACCCUUGGGUGAGACAGGACGUCCAAAGACUGCUUCUUCAACCUCUGUUAAGAGCACUGGCACUACUCCAAGUACACCAAGCACGCCAAUGGGCAGUAGUACCCCUGCACCACCAUCAUCUAACACCUCUCGGCCACCCAGAACUUUGGCAUUGAAGACAACAGCUGCUUCGGAGGCAAAGAGGGUUGCACCCAUUCUUCGUGCUCCUUCAAAACCCACUGUAGCAGCAGCUCCGAAGCAGCUACGACCAACCAGUGCUCCAGCACCCGACCUAAAAAAUGUCAAGUCGAAAAUUGGAUCCACAGAUAAUAUCAAACACCAACCUGGAGGAGGGAAGGCUAAACCAAUAGAGAAAAGACCCGAACCGGUAAGAUUGAGCCGAAAAGCUGAAUCCAGCACUGUGACUCGAGUUACUAAAACCACAAGCAUGAAAGAUAGCCAAAAACAAACCAAUGGCAAAGUCCAGAUUGUGAACAAAAAAAUCGACUACAGUCACGUGCAGUCAAAGUGUGGUUCUAAGGAUAACAUUAAGCAUGUUCCUGGUGGUGGUAAUGUGCAGAUUCCAAAAACUAAGCUGGAUGUGAGCCGUGCAUCAUCAAAGUGUGGAUCCAAGACAAAUCUAAAACACAAAGCAGGUGGUGGGGAUGUGAAGAUAGAGACCACCAAGACUGAUUUCAAGAACAAAGCAGAGUCAAAAAUUGGAUCCUUGGACAACCUCAACCAUACUCCGGGAGGAGGCAAUGUGAAGGUGAGGGAGAGGAAGGGUAGCUGA